CUUAGCUUAACCAUCUUUACCAAACAUGACUUUCUAAAACUCGAUAUCAUGGCAAUGUCUUUAGCUCAACAAAAGUACCCCAGGACCCCUCAUCUACCAUUCAGUCCUGGUGUUUCAGCUGAUGACAUAGUGCUAGUAUCCUCCAAAGAUACGGCUCUACCUAUUCUGUCUCAAGAGACUGUUCUAACCGAGAAACUAGAUGGAGGAAACUGUUCGAUCUAUAACGGAAAGGUGUAUGCAAGGACAGUAACUAAUGAGGUCAGUCACGCUUCAUUCGGUCCUAUCAAAGAGCUGGCCUCACAAAUUAGCUACCUAAUACCCGACAAUGUGCAACUGUUUGGAGAGAACAUGUUUGGUAUACAUUCCAUCGAAUAUGACCAAUUGACAUCGUUUUUCUAUCUGUUUGGUGUGCUGGAGAAUCGUCGUGAUUGGUGGUCGUGGGAUCACAUGACUGAGUUAGCCAAUGAGAUUGGAGUUCCCACUGUUCCUAUGGUGACCAAACAACAGAUGGUAUCCAUGGAUGUCGCCCAGUCUGUGAUAGCGAAGAAAAUGAGCCACAAGUCACUAUGUGGAACAUGCACUCCUGAGGGGUUUGUUAUUCGCACAGUUGCCGGUUUUCCCUUCGACCAGCUGGAAAACCAUGUUGCCAAAUAUGUACGUGCUGGGCAUGUGCAAACUGACGACUCAUGGAGAAGAACUUGGAGGCAGGCAAAAUUGAGACACCAUACUUAAGCUGAAUUUGUUGAUAUAAAAGGCGGUGAGAAUUCCCCUCCUAGCUGUGCUGGUGGCUGAAGAUGCAGAAAGUGAUUCUUUCCUACUAGCAAGUGAAUUCCCGGGCAACAUCAAACAGCUCCACCCCCCUGCUACCCCCACA